UAAUAUUAUGUGCUCAUAACUUAAUAUAUUUAAAAUUAUGGAUGUAGAUGAUAAUUUUCCUGCAGCUAAGCGCAUCAUUACUGAAAUCCAAAGUAUAGUCAAUAGUGAUUCUAAUCUGAAAGAAUUUGACCUAGUCAUCCAACCAGAAAGUCAAAAUAAAUCUCCAGUGAUUUAUAUAGACCAUUGUUUAGGUCUUGAGUCGUGGUGUGUACGCCAUGUGUAUGAAUAUGUCUACCAAAGACUUGUUUGUGUAAGAAAACGAUUAAAAAGACAAGUGGCCAAUGAAACAAUAACAUUGCUUACAUCUGCUCUCUUGUUAAAUCCUGAAGUCUUAACAUUUUGGAAUAUGAGACGAGAGUUAAUUCUUGAUGGGCAUCUAAAACCAGAAGAUGAAUUACAAUUUUCAGCUGUUGUUUUGACAUUUAAACCAAAAUGUGCUGAGGUAUUCACCUACAGAAGAUGGAUAUUCCUUAACAUUUUAAAAGAUUUUAGCUGUAAUGAUAUUGUACUCAAUGAGUUGACAGUAGGAUUAACAGCUGCUGCUGGAUAUCCAAGUAAUUACAAUGCUUGGAAUCAUUGUUUUUGGUUUAUUCAAAAAUCACUUGAACAUGAGAAUUUUUCAUUGAUUUCUCAUCAAUGGGAAAAAACUAAAAUUUGGUGCCGUGAACAUGUAUCCGACCACAGUUGUAUGCAAUACAGACAACGGUUACUUAAAUGUUUAGUUGCCGAUAAACGGUGCUUACAGCAUCUAGAGUGCUGUACAUCCAAGUCCCUUUUGCGAUUUUUUAACUCUGAUGAACGACAUAAACUUAUGAGACCAUCAGAAGACUAUUUUGGUGAAGCAAUUUGUGUUGCUUUAGAUGAAUUAUAUUUUAAUGAAGAUCUGAUUGUGAUGUAUCAAAGUCAUGAAUCUCUAUGGAACCAUCGUAGGUUUUUAUGUUAUUUAUUAGUAAAUAUUUAUAACAUUGACUGUAUUAAAGAAGCAUUAAUGAAUAAUGAAAGAAGAAUUUCUACUAAAUUAUUAAAAAAUAAUGAGUUAUAUGUUAAAAAACAUGUUUUGUGGCUUCAAACAGCAUUAUGCAUUCCUAUAAAAUUACUUUAAUUUUAAUAACUACCAUUAAUCUACUGUGUUGAAAAAAUAAUUAAAUUUAAUACCUGUUAGAAUGUAAAAAUCAAAAAAUGAAGAAAAUGUGACAAAUAAUGAGUGAGAUUCUAAUUUUAAAGUUAAUAAUUAUUAUAGUUUUUAGUAUCUGUUUAAAUAUGUUAUUGCUUAUUUUUAAUUGUUGUAGUUUACUAAUUUUUUGUUUUAUUUCUAUUGCCUCUGAAGAAAUGAAUAAAUAAAACAGUCUUGUACAGAAUAAAAACUAUCAUUCUUGAUAUUGCUUGUUUAACUGUAACUUGAACUACUAAAAUUGAAAAAUAUCAAUAAUAUAUUUGUCAAUGACACUAAAGCGGGUGUUCCGCUAAGAGAUUCCCGUUACAAUAUCUCCUGGGAUGAUAAAUAUAUCAUAAAUCUGUUUUUUUUUUUUUAUUAGAUUCAGAGACAAGGACUACAUAUAUUUUAUUUUUUUAUUUAAUUAAUUCUUUUGAUAAAAAAGUUAAAAAAUGUAUAUUUUUAUUUUUGAAACAAAUGACGAUAUCCAUUUUGUAGAGUUCAUUUUUCUGACAAUUCUAAGUUAAAUUGAAAUUAACUAUUAAAAUUUUUUAUUUUAUGUAUAAAGUAAAAGUGUACAUUUUGCUCUCAACAUAAGUAUUUAGUCUUAUUAUAUUUAUAUACAUCUAUCAAUCUAGUGAUGCAAUAGAAGUUUAAAAAUGAUUUUAUAACAGUAUGUCAAACAAUGUCCAACAAUGUCCACUGGUGAAAACUUAACCCCUGUCACUUCACCAUUUUCAGUGAUAUGCAUUGAAAACAAAAUUAGACUUAUUUAAUGGGUUGCGUGUGUGAUACUGAUAAACGCGUACAGUGUAUUAACUGUUUAUACACUAUUAAGAGGACUAUGUACCAGUAUGUGUUGUCUCCGUCUUACUAACGCAUAAUAUACCAAAAUGUACUUUUUGCAUUCUGCUGUGUCCGCAGCAUCUGCUAAUUCCAUCAAUAUUUGAUGAUAUGUUGUAAAUACUUGACAUUUUGUAACUGAAAGAUUAAGUUAUAAGUGGGCAGGUUUGCUUCUUGUUGUCAACAUGGUAUUUAUUCUAAAAUCUAUAUGUACGAGUGUUAUUGAUCAUAUUUGUAGAGUACCUACGUAUCAAAUAAUAUUUUUCAAUAUUUUGUACUGCAAUAAGUAUACAAUUUUCAUGUUAUUUUGUAGUUUUUAUUACAAACAUUUUAACAAAUCCAUUAAUAUUAAAAAAAAAAAUAUUGUGAAUUAAUUGCAUUACUGAAUAAGUACACUUUACCUCAAUCAAAUUAAACUUUUAAAAAUAUAUAAGUACUUUUCUAUAUAUUUUUUUAACUACAAA